UGAAGGCCGCCCCCCCCCCCCACCCUAGGAGUCCCACCUCCAGCGAGGAUGAGAUGGCUCAGAGUCUCUCUGACUACUCCGAGGACUCCGCCUCCGACCGGGAGGAGACCGUCUACGAGACCAUAGGCCCCGCCCCCUCGGCCCCACCCUACAUGGAGGACGUGAGGACGCACUCCCUGGUGGUCCGCGUGCUCGUCCCCGACCUGCAGCAGACGAAAUGCAUGCGCUUCAACCCGGACGCCAGCGUGUGGGCGGCCACCCAGCGCGUGCUCUGCUCGUUGAGCCGUGGUCUGAAGGACGCGCUGAACUACGGCCUCUUCCAGCCUGCCAGCGGCGGCCGCGACGGGAAGUUCCUGGACGAGGAGCGCGUGCUCAGGGAGUACCCUCAGCCAGUCGGCCAGGGGGUCCCGUCCUUAGAGUUCCGCUACAAGAGCCGAGUGUACAGGCAGCCUCACGUCGACGAGAAGAUGAUCUCCAAACUCCACACCAAGGCCAAUUUGAGGAAGUUCUUGGAGCUGAUCCAGAACCAGCAGGUGGACAAAGUGUCCAGACUGCUGGAGAGAGGGCUGGACCCCAACUACCAGGACCCCCACAGCGGAGAGACCCCCCUGACGCUGGCCGCCCACCUGGGCGACGUGACGGAGGUGAUGAAGGUGACGGAGGUGAUGAAGGUGCUGAAGAAUGGCGGCGCUCACCUGGACUUCAGGGCCCGAGACGGGCUGACGGCCCUCCACAAGGCGGCCCGCGCCCGGCAGCCCCUCCCUCUGGAGACCCUGCUGGAGCUGGGGGCGUCUCCGGACUACAAGGACGGGCAUGGCCUGACCCCCCUGUACCACAGCGUGGUUGGGGGGGGCGACCCGGGCUGCUGUGAGAUACUGCUGCUGCACCGCGCUGUCACGGGCUGCAGGGACGAGAACGGCUGGGCGGAGCUCCACCAGGCUUGUCGCCAUGGCCACGUGCAGCACCUGGAACAUCUGCUGUUCUACGGAGCAGAUAUGAGCGCCCAGAACGCCUCCGGAAACACGGCUCUGCACAUCAGUGCCCUGUACAACCAGGAUAACUGCACCCGAGUGCUACUGGCCCGCGGAGCCGAUAAGGAGGAGAAGAACUACAACAGCCAGAACCCCUUCCAGGUGGCGAUCAUCGCUGGGAACUUUGAGCUGGCUGAGCUUGUGAAGAACCACACAGAGACAGACGUAGUGCCUUUCCGCGAGGCGCCCGCCUACUCCAAGCGCCGGCGGGGCCCCGCCCCCGGCAACGGCAGCGGCAACGGCCCCUCCCCCUCCAGCCUGUCGGCCCCCAGGGUGCUGGUGCGCUCCAACAGCGACACCAACCUGACGGUCAGCCAGCACCCGCCGGCCCCGCUGUCCCCGCUCCAGGGCCUCCCGCGCGGCCUGCUGCCGGCCGGCCCCGCCCCUCGCCGCAGCCCCUCCCCCCAGCUGCUGCAGAACAUGGCUGCCGGGAGCCCCAACGGGCCGGGGCGGGCCCCGGGGCGGGGCCAGGGCCGGAACCGCUCCCCCUCCCUCAGCCGGCUGGGGGACGAGGCCCGCCGGGCCCUGCCGCUGCAGAGGCAGGCCAGCCCAUUGGCUCCAGGCGAGGGGGGAGGUGUCAGGAGGAAGCUGUACAGUGCGGUGCCCGGGAGGAACUUCGUGGUUGUCCGACCGUACUCCCCCCAGGCGGAGGGCGAGAUCAGCCUCUACAAGAACGACAGGGUCAAAGUCCUGAGCAUCGGAGAGGGGGGCUUCUGGGAGGGUGGCGCCCGGGGGCAGGAGGGCUGGUUCCCCGCUGACUGCCUGGAGGAGAUACCGUCUAAAGCCAGCGACGAACGCAGCUAUUCCAGAGCGGAUCGCAGCGACAGACGGAAGCUCUUCAGACACUACACCGUGGGGUCCUACGACAGCUUCGACGCCUCCAGCGACUGCGUGGUGGACGAGAAGACGGUGGAGCUCCAGAAGAAGGAGAACGAGGGCUUCGGCUUCGUGCUGCGGGGGGCCAAAGCGGACACGCCCAUCGAGGAGUUCACCCCCACCCCCGCCUUCCCGGCGCUGCAGUACCUCGAGUCGGUGGAUGAGGGGGGCGUGGCCUGGCAGGCGGGGCUCCGCACGGGAGACUUCCUCAUCGAGGUGAACCAGGUGAGCGUGGUGAAGGUUGGCCACAGGCAGGUGGUCAACAUGAUCCGUGUGGGCAGCGACCGGCUGCUCAUCAAGGUGGUGACGGUCAGCCGCAGCCCCGAGCCCGACGACACCGCCCGCAAAAAAGGUACCGACGGAAGAGCCCCUCCACCUCCAAAGAGAGCCCCCACCACUGCCCUCUCCAUGCGCUCCAAGUCGAUGACCUCUGAACUAGAAGAACUAGUGGAUAAAGCCACGCUGAGGAAAAAGAAAGGUGACAAGGUGGACGAGGCCCAGCCGGCGCCCAAGAACCCCGACAUGAAGGUGGCCACCAUCAAACCACGCCCCUCCAGCCGCUGCCUGGUGACCUCUGAGAUGAACUCUCUGUACCACGACCGCCAGGGGGUGGCGGUGGCCCCCCCCACGGUGCCCGGGGGGCUGCUGGGAGUACCUGCCAAGGGCACCAUCAAGAAACAGAAGUCCAUAGGGACCGAGGAGGAGACGCUGGGCUUCCUCACGCCGCCAUCGCUCAAGUUCUCCCGCAGUCUUUCUAUGCCGGACACCUCAGAGGACAUCCCCCCUCCGCCCGCCGUCUCCCCCCCCUCCCCCCCCGCCUACAACGCCCCCGCCAGCCAGACCCUGCGGGGCUACGGCGCCCGGCCUGGGUUCACGCACAACGCCAACGCCGUGAGCACCAUGGGCCGGGACGCGGGCACCCUGCGGCGCGGCUACUACCGACAGAGCUCGGAGCAGUUCGAGAGCAGCCGGCUGCGGGGCCGCGCGCCCGUGCCCGAGAACCCGUACUCCGAGGUGGGCAAGAACCUAUACGUGCCCGCCAAGCCGGCCCGGAGGAAGGGCAUGCUGGUGAAGCAGCCCAACGUGGAGGACAGCCCCGAAAAGAGCGGCCACAAGGCGGCGUCCGGGCCGGCCUCCAUGCCCUCCACGCCCACGGAGCGCACCUGCUCCUCCAUCCCCAUCCCCACCAUCAUCAUCAAGGAGCCCUCCACCAGCAGCAGCGGCAAGAGCAGCCAGGGCAGCAGCAUGGAGGUGGAGCCCACCACCCCGGAGCACCCCCCCCUCGCGGCCGCCGGGGGCGGGGCGCUGCGGCCCGGGGACUCCCUCGCGCUCAGCAACCCCUUCGCCGCCGCCAUCGCCGGGGCGGUGCGGGACCGGGAGAAAAGGUUGGAGGCCAGGAAGAACUCGACGGCGUUCCAGUCGAUCGACGCGGGGGACGAGGACGGCCCCACCCCCGCCCCCCGCCUGCGCCAGUCCCGCUCCAUCGACGAGGGCAUGUUCAGCGGCGACGAGCGGCUGCGGAGGGCCGCCAUGCCCCCGCUCUCCAUCCAGCUCGGGCGUCCCCUGGGCGGCGGCGGCGGCAACCUGACCGACGUCGACAGCCCCGAGCCCGCGGUGGUCCGUGAGCCGCUCAACACCCGCACCGGCCAGUGCCCCAACCUGGACAGCCCCCUCAGCCUCCCGGCCACGCCCCCUAAGAGCCACAACGGGGCCGCCGGUACCUACCUCCACCCCGUCACCGGGAAAGCCUUGGAUCCCAACUCCCCCCUCGCCCUGGCCCUCGCGGCCCGGGACCGCGCCAUGAAGGAGCAGCACGGCCACCAGAACCCGGCCCCCUCGCCCCCCAGGACGGAGCCCCAGUCGCUCCCGUCCCAGCCCGGCCACCAGGCCGAGCUCAUCCAGCCGCUGUUCAUCGACACCAAGCUGCGCUCCGGCAUGGAGGCGGGCUUCGGCCCCGCCGGGACCGCCACCGUGGGCCGGGCGGGCCGGGGAGGCCGGGGGGGCCGCGGGGGGCUGCGGCGCCAGAUGACGGAGCAGAGGUAUGAGACGGACGGGGCGCGGGAGCAGAGGCAGCACCAGAAGCUGGAGCAGAGGAAGAGCGCCCCGGUGGAGGCCGUGGAGCCCCCCGCCGGGCUGCUGAUGGUCCACACCGAGGAGGGGGGCCGGGAGAGCGACCGCCCCACCGAGCUGAAGGACCCCGACCCCCCCCACAAGGCCGGCGCUCCCAGGGCCCCGCCCUCCUCCGACCCGCCGGCGGCCCUGCGGCGCGGCGUGGCGGCCAGCGAGUCCCUGGACGAACCGGUGAAGCUUCCCUUCCGGAUCCCCCCCCCCCCGCUGGCGUCCGUGGACAUCGACGACGAGUUCGUCUUCUCGGAGCCGCUCCCCCCGCCGUUGGAGUUCGCCAACAGCAUCGACGUCCCCGACGACCAGGCCGGCGCCAUCGCCGAGAUGAUCCAGCGGCAGCGGCAGAACGGGGGGCCGUACCACGCCCCGCCCCCCAUGGGGGCGCACCACCGGCGGGGCUUGCUGACCAACUGCAUGCCCCCGGCCUUCCCCCCCCAGGACCCGGAGCGCCGCGGCGAGGAGGCGGACGGGCGGAGCGGUGGGGAGCCCGGCCGCGCCGAGACCACCAGCACCGUCUCCAGUGUCUCCACGCUGUCCUCAGAGGGGGGCUUCUGCGACCUGGAGGGCCUCUACGCCGACGGCCACGCCUUCUUGCUGGACCGCCCCCCCGUCCCGCCCAAACCCAAGGGCAAGCCCCUCAUCAACCGGACGUCCCUCUACCACGACACCCUGAUCGAGGAGCCGCCCGAGGCCUUCGGCUCGCCACCACAGGCUCCUCCCCCUCCUCCUGGUUCCGACCCCCCCCCCGCACAACGGACCUCCAAGCUGUGGGGGGAGCAGCCCGCCGAGCUGCGCAGCCCGCCGGCCACGCCUGACCCCAAGAACACCGUCAUCAGCGAGCUCAGCUCCAUCCUUCAGCAGAUGAACCGCGAGAGGCCCCCCAGGACCGAGGGCCUGGACUCCCCCACAGGGGCCCGGGGCGUGUUCGGCUCCAGGACCCCUGCAGAUGAGGCGGCCACGCGGCCGGCGGCCGGCCUCAGCGCCACGCCCCCUGCCGGCCUCCCACCCCCCCCCCAGCAGCCCCGCACCGGCAGCCCGCCCGACUCUGGCGCCUCCUCGCUCACACCCUGCUCCUCGCUGCCGCCGUCCACCUCGCCCACGCUGACGGAGGCCUUCGGCCUGGCCACGCCCCCGCUGGGCGGCGGCUACAGCCUGGGCUCCUCCUCCUGCGGAGGCUCCUCCCGCUCGCCCUCGCCGCUCUCCCUGCUGCAGGCCGCCGCCGCCGCCGCCGCCUCGGGGAAGCCCUUCGCCGGGAAGCCGGUGGACCUGUGGAGCAAGGCGGACGUGGCGGACUGGCUGGAGAGCCUGAACCUGGCGGAGCACCGCGACGCCUUCCUGGACAACGAGAUCGAGGGCGCGCACUUGGCCUCGCUGCGCAAGGAGGACCUGAUCGACCUGGGGGUGACGCGGGUCGGCCACCGCAUGAACAUCGAGCGGGCGCUGAAGCUGCUGACGGACAGAUAGGCCGCCGAGAGGGGGCGGGGCCACCCACCGGGAGGGGAAGGGGCCACCCGCUGGGAGGGGGCGGGGCCACCCACCUGGAGGGGGGGGGGGGCAACCGCCGGGGGCUCCUAGGGGCGGCCGGGGCGGUCGACGUCCCCCCCCCCCCCGUCUGGCGUCGCCAUGGAGACGGGGUGUGAUGGGAGGGGGUCCCGCCCCCGUGUCGACACCCCUCCUCCGUCGACCAGAGGAACGACCUGUGUAUCCUCUGGGUGGGCGGACUUGGAGGACUGGGAGGACUGGGAGUCCUCCUGAGGCUGGCCAGCCACUCCGUGCUGCUCCCCAGCUGAGCUGGACAGCGCUCCUUUUCUAUCUUUGCUAGAGUUGCUCAGAAAUAGUAUUUCUUCACCGUUUUGUUUGAAAAUAGGAAUCUUAUCCCACUUGAUUAGUACAGCGAUCUUGUGUAUACUAAACACACAAACACACACCUUUUUCACAGUGCCACAUACCAACACACACAAACACACACACACACAUGGGUUCACCUUUUUCACUACCUUUCAUACCACACUCACACAGACACUAUGCUAGCACACAUAUAACACACAACCAUGCACAUUCACAACGUUGUCACUGCAAUGGCCUUCUCCUCCUCUUCCUCCUCCUCCUCCUCCUCCUCAGAAAGAGCAGUGCAUGAUGGGAGGGGCCCUACUAGGAAGCCCCAUUGUAGCAGGUUACAGUCCAGCGUCUGUCCACCCAUCCCUCAACACUAGAACCAAAGUCCCUCACCAGUAGAACCAGUCCCUCACCAGUAGAACCAGUCCCUCACCACUAGAACCAGUCCCUCACCAGUAGAACCAGUCCCUCACCAGUAGAACCAGUCCCUCACCACUAGAACCAGUCCCUCACCAGUAGAACCAGUCCAUCAACACUAGAACCAAAGUCCCUCACCAGUAGAACCAGUCCAUCAACACUAGAACCAAAGUCCCUCACCAGUAGAACCAGUCCCUCACCAGUAGAACCAGUCCCUCACCAGUAGAACCAAAGUCCCUCACCAGUAUAACCAGUCCCUCACCACUAGAACCAGUCCCUAACCACUAGAACCAGUCCCUCACCAGUAGAACCAGUCCCUCACCAGUCGAACCAGUCCCUCACCAGUAGAACCAGUCCCUCACCAGUAGAACCAGUCCCUCACCACUAGAACCAGUCCCUCACCACUAGAACCAAUCCCUCACCAGUAGAACCAGUCCCUCACCACUAGAACCAGUCCCUCACCAGUAGAACCAGUCCCUCACCAGUAGAACCAGUCCCUCACCAGUAGAACCAGUCCCUCACCACUAGAACCAGUCCCUCACCACUAGAACCAAAGUCCCUCACCAGUAGAACCAGUCCCUCACCACUAGAACCAGUCCCUCACCACUAGAACCAGUCCCUCACCCGUAGAACCAGUCCCUCACCAGUAGAACCAGUCCCUCACCAGUUGAACCAGUCCCUCACCACUAGCAGAGGUAGAGACUCAGGGUCAUAUCAGCCAGAGGAAACCCGGUGUUUGGAAACCAACAUCUGGAUGUGUUUGUUAGCAGUUACAGCCCGGCUGUAGAACCCCAGGUGUUACCUGAUGAAACUGGAAUUUCACAUUUCUGCAAGAAUGCAGUUGUAGGUGUGUCUGUGAAGUAGAGCACCAAGUGGUUUUUCACUGUAUUGUAUAUUUGAAUUUGUUUUAUUUAUUCCCCCUAAAAUAUGAAGGAUGUGUUGUGACCAGCUUGUGUGUGUGUGUGUGUGUGUGUGUGUGUGUGUGUGUGUGUGUGUGUGUGUGUGUGUGUGUGUGUGUGUGUGUGUGUGUGUGUGUGUGUGUGUGUGUGCAAGCAAAAAGUAGCUAUGUUCAGCUCCAAUUGUCCUUCCCGUCAUAAAAUAUAACUUUUGCUGACAUUGAAUCCAUCCGAGUAGAUCCCCACAUAACUGUCUUAUAUAUUUAUAUAUUUAUAUAUAUUUGCAACGAAUAUAGCUCAUUUAGUAUAACAAUGAUGUGCAAUACAUGGCCUCAGUAGAGCUAACUAAGGUUAGCAUCUAAACGGUGGUUUCAUAGUAAAGGACUUCAGAGUGUUGGAAUCUAUUGUUGGUAUUUGGAUUCAGUGUGAGCAGCUACUCUGUUAAUCAUUCCAAUCUUUCCAAAAUCAGGACAAAGAGCGCGUCCUGUACCCCUCACAUCCUCACCAUCGCUCUAUCCCCCUUCAUUUACCCAACAGACAAUGCUAAUGCUGUACAUACAUUAGACCUCUUCAUCCAAUGACAGAGCAUUGAGAGACGUUAAGCAACGCCAUGUGUAUAUGAGUAGAUGUGAGGAUGUACACGUUUGACACGGGCCAGUACUAACCCUAACCCUCACCCUAAGGCUAACCCUGACCCUAACCCUCACCCUCACCCUAACGCUAGUGCUCCUGGUUUUACACUGGAAAGCUUUUUGGAGUUUGAGCAGUCUUAUGGUCCUGGGUGAUCUGGUGAUCUGGUGAUCUGGUGAUCUGGAGCUCUGGUGAUCUGGAGCUCUGGUGAUCUGGAGCUCUGGUGAUCUGGUGAUCUGGAGCUCUGGUGAUCUGGAGCUCUGGUGAUCUGGUGAUCUGGUGAUCUGGUGAUCUGGAGCUCUGGUGAUCUGGUGAUCUGGAGCUCUGGUGAUCUUGUUUUAAGGGAUACUGCUUUAGCGGUUAUACUAUAAUUGGUUUGUCCAGCAUUUGGUGAAGGUUGGAUUGUAGUCAAUACAGUUGAAAACCAUCUGCAUUGUCUUCAAGCGUGUAUAUAAGAGUGAUCGACGGAGGGAGAAUAAAACAUGAUAACAAUAGAUAAUACAUGUAUGGUGUAAUAUUAGGGUUAGAGAUAUAAAAAAUAUACAGGAUCAAUUUAUGAAGGGUAUUUUAUGGCAGUAUAUAAAACGACCUGCACUGCUCUAAUUGGUCCCCACGCAGGGUUAGAGCUCAGAGGUGUUGGUAAUGCUCUGCUCUCAUUGGUCCCCACGCAUCGUUAGAGCUGGCAUCUCUUCCCCAUGGAGGCCCCUCCCCCCACACCCCUCUCUUCAGUCCCCUGGCCUCAGAUCAGUUUAUCCGUGUUUCUGUCCGGUUCACUUCGAGGGGAACGGAGCACACGACUGAUCUAAUAUGGUAAAGCCAUAUGGUAAAGAAAUCAGAUGGAAUCAUUUCGGACAGAUACCGCAAUUGCCAUAUGGGUGUCUAUUAGAAAGUAUCAUCUUUUUUUCAUCACAAUUAAAAUUUUCUCUUAAAGGUCCCAUGACAUGCUAUUUUAUGUAUUUUUUAAUAUAGGUAUUAGUGGGCAACUAACACAGUAUUCAAAGUCGUUCCCGAAAUUCAGCCGUGGUGCAGGGUUACAGCCACUCCGAAACAGUCGCACAUUGAGCUUCCCCCAAAUGCGCUGUUUUGCCGUCUGUAGCUAUAAUGCAAAUGAGGAGGAGCGAGGCGGGUC